CGAGCCGCCGGCGGCGGGGCGAGGGGGUGCGCCCCGAUGAGCCCCGAGUGCGAGGAGCCGCCGCCCCGCCGCGCAGGGCGCCAUGUUUUGGAAGUUUGACCUGCACACAAGCUCGCACCUGGAUACACUGCUGGAGCGGGAGGACCUGAGCCUGUCCGAGCUGCUGGAUGAGGAGGACGUGUUGCAGGAGUGCAAGGUCGUCAACCGCAAGCUGCUGGACUUCUUGCUGCAGCCACCACACCUGCAGGCCAUGGUGUCCUGGGUCACCCAGGAGCCACCAGCCAGUGGUGAGGAGAGGCUGCGCUACAAGUACCCCAGUGUGGCCUGCGAGAUUCUGACCUCGGACGUGCCCCAGAUCAACGAUGCCCUGGGUGCAGAUGAGUCCCUCCUGAGCCGGCUCUAUGGCUUCCUGCAGAGCAGUGACAGCCUUAACCCGCUGCUCGCCAGCUUUUUUAGCAAGGUCAUGGGCAUCCUCAUCAACCGCAAGACAGACCAGCUCGUGUCCUUCCUACGCAAGAAGGAUGACUUCGUGGACCUGCUGUUGCGGCACAUUGGCACCUCGGCCAUCAUGGACCUCCUCUUGCGCCUGCUUACCUGUGUGGAGCGGCCCCAGCUGCGGCAGGAUGUCUUCAAUUGGCUCAAUGAGGAGAAGAUUGUCCAGCGGCUGAUCGAGCAGAUCCACCCAUCCAAGGAUGACAAUCAACAUUCCAACGCGUCCCAGUCCCUGUGCGACAUCAUCCGCCUGAGCCGGGACCUGAUGAUCCAAGGCCAGGACAGCCCGGAGCCUGACCAGCUGUUGGCCACCCUGGAGAAGCAGGAGACCAUCGAGCAGCUCCUGAGCAACAUGUUUGAGGGAGAGCAGAACCAGUCAGUCAUUGUCAGUGGGAUCCAGGUGCUGCUGACCCUUUUGGAGCCCAGGAGGCCAAGGUCGGAUGCUGUGACCAUGAACAACUUCUUCAGCAGUGUGGAUGGCCAGCUAGAGCUCCUGGCCCAGGGUGCCCUGGACAGCAUGGCAUCCAGUGUGGGUGCCUUGCACGCCCUGCGCCCGCGACUCAGCUGCUUCCACCAGCUCCUACUUGAGCCUCCCGAGCUGGAGCCACUGCGGAUGACAUGGGGAAGCCUGGCCCCACCACUGGGCAACACACGUUUGCAUGUAGUCAAGCUCCUGGCCAGCGCCCUGAGUGCCAAUGAUGCUGCCCUGACACAGGAGCUCCUGUUGCUGGAUGUGCCUAACACCAUGCUGGACCUCUUCUUCCACUAUGUCUUCAACAACUUCCUGCAUGCUCAAGUGGAGGUGUGUGUGAGCGCCAUGCUGAGCUCGGGGGCCCCUCCUGACAGCAGCUCUGAGACACCUGCUCCAAACCCUGUGGUGAAACAUCUGCUGCAACACUGCCGCCUGGUGGAGCGCAUCUUGACCUCCUGGGAGGAAAACGACCGUGUACAGUCUGGGGGGGGCCCAAGGAAAGGCUACAUGGGCCACCUGACACGGGUGGCCAACGCACUGGUGCAGAAUGCAGAGCAGGGGCCCAAUGCCGAGCAGCUGGGGCAGCUGCUGAAGGAACUGCCAGGUGAACAGCGGGAGCGGUGGGAGGCGUUUGUGUCAGGACCUCUGGCAGAGACCAACAAGAGGAACACUGUGGACCUGGUGAACACCCGCCAUCUGCACUCCUCCAGUGACGACGAGGACGACCGGCUCAAGGAGUUCAACUUCCCCGAGGAGGCUGUGCUGCAGCAGGCCUUCAUGGACUUCCAGAUGCAGCGCAUGACCUCGGCCUUCAUCGACCACUUUGGCUUCAAUGAUGAGGAAUUUGGGGAGCAGGAGGAGAGUGUGAACGCGCCUUUUGACAAGACAGCCAACAUCACCUUCUCCCUCCAUGCGGAUGACGAGAACCCCAAUGCCAACUUGCUCGAGAUAUGCUAUAAGGACCGCAUCCAGCAGUUUGAUGAUGAGGAGGAGGAGGAAGAGGAUGAGGAGGAGGGCCCGGGUUCUGGGGAGUCGGAUGGAGAGUAUGGUGCUUGGCAGGGCAGCCAGCUGGUGAGGACAGCCCGCUUGGGCCAACCCCCUGGAGUCCGGAGUGGAGGCAGCACAGACAGUGAGGACGAGGAGGAAGAGGAGGAAGACGAGGAGGAGGCUGAUGGCAGGGCAGCCCGUGUUCGGGUUGACCCCACUUCCUACCCCACAGCUGGCUCUCUGCCUCCUGGCCCAAGCUGGACCGCCACCUUUGACCCAGUGCCUAUGGAUGCCCCAAUGGACCCCCAAGUCUCCGGGGAGGAGGAGCUACACUCUGGGCCUCCAGCACCUGCGGGGCCCCUUGACAUGCCGCCCACCCAGAGCCUGACCAGUCCUUCAGCCCUCAGUGCCCUGCAGCUCAGGUCUCAGGACCCCACGCCCACCUCAGCACCUCAGGAAGUCACAGAUGAUAGCAAAGUGACAGAGUCCUCUGCCCCUUGCCAGGCCUUGGUUAGCAUCGAGGGCCUCCAGGCCACCCUGCAUGGGAUGCGCUCCACCCCCAGCAACUUGGACAGUGCCACCAGAGACCCCUCUACCUCCAUCCCAGCCUCCGGGGCCCACCAGUCCUCCAAGACCACGGAGUGGGAGAAGAGCCCAGGGCCCAUGGAGCUCCCCCCAGGCCAGAGUGCCCAGGCCCUUGAGCCUCCUCCAGUGCCCAACGGCUCUGCCCCUGGAGGGCCCAUCUCCCCAGGCUCCCAGUAGCUGCCUGGUGGUGGUGGCGGCCAGAUCCUCCGUCCUUUCCGUGGACCCCAGUGGGGCAGGGUGGGUCCCAAGAUGCCCCCUGCUCCUGUCACCCCCUUUCUUCACAUUCUCUCCUCUGGAUUCCCAGGAGGCUGGUGCCAGGGAGACAAGCCCCCACCCACCCCCAUUUGCACUGAGAAGAGAAAUUACGGAGCUUUGUCUCCUAGAAUAAAGAUAGAGAGUCAUGUGGAAAGAAGGAAGAAAGAGAGACAUAUAUUAUAUAUUAUAUAUAUACUGAGAAGGAGAGAAGAAGCUGGGAUGCCGCGUAGGGUCCGUGGCUCCGAAGCACACCCUCCCUGUCUAUCCUGGUGGGGGCUGGCUCUGGGGUCCUGAGGCUGCUGCCGUGCCCCAGUUCUGUGUUCUGUGGUUCCGGUGCCGAUGCCCGUGCCCAUGCCCACAUCCAGCCUUUCAGCUCAGGUCCACCUUGGGGGAAAGCCUGCGAGGGUGUCGGGCCCGAGUGGGGCUGUGCCUUCGCUCAGACCCUGCACUUUCACCCAGGCGCCUGGCCCUGGGGAGUGGGGCCUCCCUGGCAACAUCCCCAGGGGCCCUGAAUCAGUUUGGCUGGGCCCCCUUGCCCAGGGGCCUGGGGUCCCAGCCCUGCUGCCAUGUGGCCUUGUCCCCCCUCCCCCAGCCUGGCGUGAGUGUGCGAGUGUUCGUGCUGAGCUUCUAUUUCAUAUUGCAAAUAUAAAUAAAGGAAGACUGUUUACGAUU